GUAAGAAACUAAAACAAAGUAGUACGGCUUCGAAUGUUUGAAGCGUUUGGUAAAAUGCGAUUUGUCAAGAAAUUAUUUAGGAGGACUGGCUCUUAAAGAUUCAUUGGGAAGAUGGAAAGAAAAUCUAUUUGUAUUUAACUCACCAAACGCAUGCUCAACGAUGGGGAAUUAAUGGUAAAUGCGUGGACUACAUUCAAGUUUGAUUUUGGAUUUCCAAAUAGAAGUUGUUCUAUACGCCCGGGUCCAUACAAGCUGGUCUUCAAACAGACUUAUAGUGCCAAUCCUGCAAAGAAUUAUAAAUUGAAGUAUAAUUUUUAUUUUAGUCACAAGGACAACAAAACAACUCUUUUUGGAAAUACAACCAUGCAUGUUCCAUUCGAUGACACUUUAUUUUUAGAAGUUAAAAUUGCUAUGAAAGAUGCAUACGGAAGUUGGAAAGAAAAUUCGUUAAUGCAUAAAUGGCAAAAUGCAUGCUCUACUUUAAAACAAUUUGCCGGAAACAUAUGGACUGCGUCUUUGUAUGGAUUAGGCAUAAAUCAUACCAAUUGCCCUCUACCCACGGGUUUUUAUAUAGCUCCUGGUAUAGAUAUACUUCAAUAUUAAAGAACUCCAAUCUACCAAAAACAUUUUUGUAUGGUACAUACAAACUUUACAUUUAUGUAUCGCAACAAAAUGAAAUAAUUGGUGGUCAAGUUUUCAUUGUAGAAUUAAAGCGUCCUUGAAAUUUGAAGUAUAAUAACUAUGUUUAUCAAGAUUUAUUAUUACAGU